AUGGUGGAUUAUCCCUAUCCUCUGAAAAGGGCUAACCCUGCAGAGCUGAACUCCCGCUGCACUUCCUGGGCCACUGAUAUCUUCGUGGUCAUUCUGUGUGCAUUGGGGCUCUUCCUUCUGUUACUCCCCUAUCUCCUCCAGGGUAAUCCACCCUUACAACCACCUAAGAAAACUAUAAACAUCGAGACGCCUCAAGUCGAGACGAGGAAGAGGAACAGGAAGAACAACAGUGACACUCUAAAAGCUUGCAGAGGUUUCCUAAAAGAACUGCACGAGGCUGUGAGCCUGCUUUCGCUUCUGCGAAACCUCCUGGAAGAGCCGCCAAGCAAGGGCAGCUUUCGUCCGCGGAAACGUGGAGAGCCCUCUGGUCCGGUGCGCAGAAGAGCGCCUACUGAAGCCCGCCGUCGGCCGCGUGCGGAGCUGUGUGAUGCAGAGCCAUGUGCGGAGCCCCCUGCAGAGCAGAAAGAUGCGGAGCCAGCCAAAGCUGCUGCCCCCGUGGUGCCACCCUCUGCUGCCACGGUGCCUCCGACCCAGCCCUCUCGUCAUCCGGCCUCCACCGCUUCAGCAAGACCUCCGGGAGAGCCAUCCGAUUUGAAGACGGGGGGCUCUAACCUGACACCUGAGCACCCUUCUAACUGGAAAACCUCCCCGGAGAGGUUUUCAGGUAACUCAUAUUAUUUGGCGUCUUCUGUUCCAACCAUGACAGGCCUUGAUUGUCCAAGUCGUCCCGUUUCAGCUCUCUCCUGGUGGUGGGCGGUUUCCAAGGCCUUGUUCUUUCCCACCUGCAAACACUGCGAAUCCCAGCAAGUGCUUACUUCCCACCACCCAUCAAAGGCCUGUUUCUGGGAAGCUCGCACAAACAGGAGCAUAGAAGCUGGGAGCCCCUCUUUCCUUAACCCUGACGUCCAGAAGCCCCUGGAAAUGGAAAGCGCAAAGAGAAUGGAACUGAAGAUUAGGAAAGAGAAAGAAAAGGAUGAAUCGUUUAAAACACACGUGAGCCCAGACUACCACUCAGCCAGUCAUGAGCAGACCGCCACAGUCCCCCAGCGGUUCUGGAGCAAACCACAGCAGCUGUCCAGUUCUAAGCAGCUCAUAUAUCACAAGGCCCUGGGGGACCGUUUAAACCAGAAAUGUAACCAGUUCUUCUGGGGCCUCCCCUCUCUGCACAGCGAGUCCGUGGGGGCUACUGCCUGGGUCUCCGGGAGCUCUUCCUCACUGCAGUCGCCCUCUGUUUUAUUCAGUAGAAUUUCUAAUGCUUGCCCAGUUCAAGUAUCCUCAUCGCUCUCCCAGUCCCAGCCUUUGCCCCACCCUGAGGCCCAACCCCACGCACCACCUCUGGCUCCAGUCCUCACCCAGACCCCUCUCCAAUUCUCUUUCCCAAUUCUGCCACCAGCUUCUACAGGCCAGAUCAGGGGCUAUGUAAUAUCUUGCCCUAGUUCCCAAAGUGAAACACAAUCUCUCAUCUCAACUGAAAUGCAACACCUAGAAUCACCCUUGGAACAACAACUGACAAGCGGGAGGGCUUUGCCCUCUGUGGCCAAAGGGUCUCAGGGGGCAUUUAGUCCUCUCAGUCCCAAGCUUUCCCUGGACAGCAAGGCCUCUGAGGCCCACAAGUCAGACUCCGUCCUUCCUGGGGAUGUUCCUAGCAAAACUGAGCUCCAGAAACAACUAGAACAACACAUCCGAAAGAGGCUCAGCCAGCACAAGCGGAGCCUGCCCAGCAGGAUCCAGGAGUCUCUGGAACUGACAGAGCCUUGGGGAAAAUUACGAGGAACAGGUCAGGCGAAGGCCCCGCGUGGACCCUCUCGGCCUCCUGUGUUUAUAGGUGAAAGCAACAAGGAUGUAAAGAAGAUGGGAUCCAGGCACCAAGAAAGCUGCCAUGUGAGGAGCCCAGGACGUUUCCAGUUACGGAAGGACCUGCGCAAGGGUCUGGGGCAGGUCCCAAAAUAUGAUGUAUCCCAGUGCUCAGAAGAAUCCCCAGUGAAGGUUCUGCAGACAGGCUCUGAGGAGUUACUCUCAGGGUAUAACACGGGAAAUUACAUACUAAGGAACCCAAAUAAGAAACAACUAGAAAACACCCCGGAAGUCGAUACGGGCAGAGAGAUGGGGCAGAUUACCGAGGGCCGGAUUCCUGUAGAUGUGUGCCGUUCUUGGCUUACUGCCAACCAUAGUCUGCCCAAGUCUGAUACUCACACAGAAACUGGAAAUCCAGUGUCCUCAGAGCAUCGGGCACACCGCGUGAAUGCCACCCAGGAGUCUUCGUUCCUUAAGCCGGGCACACGGCAGUGGGACCUAUCCGUUCAGGCGAGUGAGCCCAUGAAUCUCAGUUUGAGUGAGAGUCGAUCAUCACCCCUUUCCCAGAAUGAAUUUCCCUGCUCAGCUACCCAUGAAUCUUGGACCAGCUCAAGAGGAGAGUCUGCCAAGUUCUGGGGAGAAAACUCCCAGGCAGGCUGGGAAGAGAAGACAACGGCAAAAAAGUCAGACCCCACCCUGGAGAGUCCUCUCCCUGCCCCCUCACCUGUGGGUAAGGAAGUUCAAAGGACUCUGAGAUCGGACUCAUCUCAUGAGGACCAUGGGCCCUCAGAGGCCACUCACAGUGGACAGGAGGGCAGGCAGCCUUUUCAGCCCCUCACACCCAGCAUCGUGGGCAGAGCCUGGGAGAGCAGUACUGUCCUGGGGGCCCAGAAAGGCAGCCUAGAGCCGACUCCAAGUCAGUCAGUGGCCAGGAAGGGGCCAGGGGAGGAGAGUGCACGAUGUGCCCUAGGAGGCCCCAGCCCUAGUGUAGCAAGGUUGGAGAUGAGCUAUGAAUCCCAGUCUUCAGGGGCCGAGGAGACCAGGGAGAUGGUGGUGGUCAAGAGGUCCUCGGAACUACAACUCCAGGACAGAGACAUCUUGAGAACAAGUGUGCUGGCAAGAUCCCAAAACAUAAAUGCGGAUCUGAGGGGUUGGGGGACUCCAGGGACUAGUAAAAGCCCCCCACCUCCUAGAAUGUCUGUUCGAGAUCCAGGAAAGACACACCUUAAAGCACAGGUGUUUAAUGAGGAAGAGCUCAACAUGGAGUUAGAGACAGUGAACCAGCCUCAAGACUGUCCCGUUGACGUGCUCCUUCAGGACUGUGCCACGGAAAUGAUUCUUCAAGGCUGUGCCACUGAUGUGAUCCUUGCCUCAGAUAUCUUGGCUUCUCAGGCCUCUUGCUCCCAUCCGAAGCAUGUGUCCAGUAGGGACAUGCGUUUGAAAAUGCUGCAUGACUUCAUGGUAGCCAGAGGGAGCAGCCUGGGGCAGCAAGACCACAAGAUCCCAAAACUUCAGGACCUAUGGAAGAGCCAGAGGAAGAUUUCUGCCUCCACAGAUGAGAGAAAGGAUUUUAGGGGGCGCAAACCAAAAGAGCAUGAAAAAGGGCUGGCAGGAUUGGAGGCCUCCCCAGCUAGUGGGAUGAGCCAGCCUGCCCUGGACAAGAGGUCAGUAGAGUGCCUUGACAUCAAGUUCCCCCAGCUCCCGGCAGAGAAUGGACAGGCUCCUCCAGAAGGCCACUUCAACAGGAGAACGAGGAACUUUAUUCUAAGCAUUUGCCCCAAUAAAAAAGACAAAGGGCAAGAUGAUCCCCUGCGAGAAGGAAAGGGAACUUCAUCCUCUGGCCAGAGCCAUGGACCAGUCAAAGGCAAAUCAGUGUUUAUGGACAGGGGGGCUGCUGAGGUUGAGACACUUUCAAAGGCUGUUGGCCAGAUCUUAGUAGAGAAACUUAAGCUUCAGCAAGAAUUAUAUGCCUCGAAGUUAAAUCAGCAAACAGAGAAAAUCCAGGAAAGUCAGGAUCCGGUUUCCUCUUCCCCUGGCCCCAACCCAUACGGGAAAGCAGGAGAGCCCCCCAGAAAGCAGGGAGGUGAAGAGCAAUUUCUCUAG